AUGACUUUUUUCACAGAAAUACAACCACUUCCCCACCAAUUUCCACAUGGUUUAAGGUUUCUUGUAGUGGAUCGUGACAUAAUUACUCUGAAUUCCAUUAUAGAGAUGUGUAUUCGAUGCAAUUAUCUAGUUACAACAUGCUGUAAUGCAUCUUUUGCAUUGAACUUUUUGAAAGAAAUAAAGAAUCUUUAUGACGUGAUCCUAAUUGAAGCUCAAAUGCCUGACAUGAAUUCCUACCAUUUCUUGCAACAUGUUACACAGCAAAUCAAAAUUCCAGUCAUUAUGAUGUGUGUUGAUCAAUCAACAACUCCAAGUCCAAUGAUGAAGGCGAUUGAAAAAAAAGCGCUUGUGGAUAUUGGAUUAAGCCUUUGA